GGAGGUUUGUUAAACUAUAUCGGAAUUCUAUUAGUAGGUUAAUUAUUGGCCCACUCGAUAUUGAGAUAAGUCUAUGGCCUGAUGAUGCCUUCCUUAUCUACGGACUUACCUUCCAAGGAAUUUGACUCUGUUUCUGAAAUAUUCGAUCGUCGGAGAAUUUGAAGGCAGCUAAUACUGCAGAAGAACCGUUGAAGAAACCAACCUGCAAUCUGCAAAUCCGAAUGACUCGGGAUAUUGAAUAUGUUCUAGGGCUGAUAUCUGAGUGGAUUCAUUUAUUUGAUUUAUAACAAACGGAGCUAUAUAUUAAGUUGCCUGUACCGUAAUUUGAUACCAGCUUGCAAGAGAAAGAAUUACAAGGAAUAUAAGGAAUAGCCUAAAAUGUAUGGGUUUGUGAAUCACGCACUGGAGCUCCUAGUCUUAAGGAACUUCGGACAAGACAUCUGGGAGGAGAUCAAACGAGAGGCUGACCUUGACAUGGAAGGACAUUUUCUUGUCCGGUUGGUGUACGAUGACGCAGUCUCGUACAAUCUUGUUGGAGCAGCAGUGAAGGUUUUAAAUGUGCCAGCUAACACAAUCCUAGAAAUGUUUGGAAACAUGUUCUUCGACUUUUGCAUGGAAUCUGGCUAUGAUAAAAUAUUACAGGUUCUUGGGUCAACAACGCGUGAAUUCCUCCAAAACCUCGAUGCAUUACAUGAUCAUCUAGCAACUAUAUAUCCGGGAAUGGAUGCGCCAUCUUUUAGAUGUACUGAAAGAGAGGCUGAUGGAGCAACCAUCUUACAUUACUACUCAGAGCGACCUGGUCUAGAACAUAUCGUAAUAGGAAUUGUCAAAACUGUUGCAAGUAAAGUUCACAAUUCAGAAGUUGAUGUUGAAAUUAUAAAAACUAAAGACGAUGGUAUAGAUCACAUCCAGUUUGCAAUUACAGAACAAUGUGAGCAAAAGAGUGUGAAAUCAGAGUUAGACGUAUAUGAGAAUACUUUGUCUAAAGAACCCAAGAUCAGUGCACAAACAUUUUGCAAGUGCUUCCCGUUUCACAUCAUGUUUGACCGCAACAUGAGAAUAGAACAAGCAGGAACAUCGAUAACUCGGGUGAUACCUCAAAUAUUUCAAGAUGGCUGCACGGUUACGAGCCUCUUGACGAUGGUAAGGCCCCAUUUGGAGUUCACUUUCCAGAACAUUCUGGCACAUAUUAACACCAUCUACGUCAUGUGUAUCAAAGAGAACGUGAGAGCAAAUAUGGAUAUCAACGAUGUCCAAUAUAUAAACUUCGACCCUCAGGAACAAGAUGGAAUACGUCUAAAGGGACAAAUGGUGUACGUUCCAGAACAAGACCUUAUGCUUUUUCUCUGUUCUCCUAGUGUUCUGAAUUUAGAUGAUCUCAACAGAAGAGGUCUCUAUCUCAGUGAUAUCCCAAUUCACGACGCAACGCGAGAUCUCGUGCUACUCUCGGAGCAGUUUGAGGCAGAGUACAAACUAACUCAGAAGCUUGAGAUACUCACCGAUCAACUCAAACAAACCCACAUAGAGCUGGAAAAAGAACGAAUGAAAACAGAAAACUUGAUGUAUUCAAUCCUCCCGACAUCCGUUGCGAACGAGUUACGUCACCACAGACCAGUUGCGGCCAAGAAAUCGGAAAUGGUCACAAUUAUGUUCAGUGGAAUUGUUGGUUUUGGGGAGUUUUGUGCACGCAAUUCUGACUCAAAGGGUGCCAUGAAAAUUGUGAAGUUAUUAAAUGAUGUGUAUACCAAAUUCGAUGUUCUCAUUGAUCCGAAAACGAAUCCAAAUGUGUACAAGGUUGAGACGGUAGGUGACAAGUACAUGGCAGUGAGUGGUUUACCUGAGCCGUGCGACAGCCAUGCAAGAUGUAUUGGUAGACUGGCAUUGGACAUCAAGAAAGCUUCUGAAACAAUUACGGACCCUUAUGGGGACAAAGUUAUGGUUACCAUAGGUAUCCAUUCGGGUGAGGUAGUAACAGGGGUCAUAGGGAAGAGAAUGCCGCGGUAUUGUCUGUUUGGAAAUACUGUCAAUCUCACCAGCAGAACGGAGACAACGGGGAUCAAGGGCAAAAUAAAUGUGUCAGAAGAUGCAUACAGGUUCCUAAAGACAGAGUCUAAUAUCGACACAUCGUUUGUGUUCGAAAAACGGGGACUAGUAACAAUGAAAGGCAAGAAAGAACCAAUGCUCUGCUAUUUCUUGUCUCGAAGAUGAGCUAAGAAACGAAAACAUUGUCGAAAAUUCAGGCCCCUCUAUACGUUUGGGAACAUUCACCACGGUAUCUUUGUAUCCCUACCGGAUUGGACUACGUUUAUGCUUCUUUAUGUUUAGAAUGAGGUUUGCCUGACCUCUGUAGAGAAGUGUAUAUCAUUGUAGAUUAUACAGAAUAGUGGAAUAGAUAGAGGGCACUGGAUAUGCUGAAGUGAUAAUGAUACUCAGAGGCAGAUAUAGUCGGGAGGGAUAUAGAUUGAUCAGAGCUAAUGAGACGUAACAUACUGUCAUAGUUUCUCGUGUAUAGAUUCGUAUAGAUAUUAAAAUGUAAAAAUUAUGAAAGAUUUAUCAAGCCUGAUGACCAUUUUGUUGAAUUAAUAAAAAUGCAUGUUUUCCAAA